CGCCGGGGCGGAGCGAUCCGCCCACUCUGCGCUGCUGUUUCCGCGGCGCGCCGCUCCCGGGAGCCCGGAGGGGUUUUGCGCCGCCGCCCCGCACCGAGGGCCCACCUGCAGGCAGCCGAUCGCCGGCCCGCCGCUCCCCCGUCCGCGCUAGGGCCGGCUCCAGCCAUGUCCAAGCCUCCACCUAAACCGGCCAAGCCAGGACAGGUUAAAGUGUUCAGGGCCCUGUAUACGUUUGAGCCCAGAACGCCAGAUGAACUGUACUUUGAAGAAGGAGAUAUCAUUUACAUCUCAGACAUGAGUGAUACAAAUUGGUGGAAAGGAACUUGCAAGGGAAGAACUGGACUAAUUCCAAGCAACUAUGUGGCAGAGCAAGCAGAGUCUAUUGAUAAUCCACUUCAUGAAGCUGCCAAACGAGGCAACCUAAGCUGGUUGAGAGAGUGUUUGGAUAAUCGAGUUGGUGUCAAUGGCUUAGACAAAGCUGGAAGCACAGCUCUGUACUGGGCAUGCCAUGGAGGCCAUAAAGAUAUAGUAGAUGUUCUGUUUUCCCAGGCAAACCUAGAGUUAAACCAACAGAACAAAUUGGGAGACACAGCUUUGCAUGCUGCUGCAUGGAAAGGUUAUGCAGAUAUUGUAGAGAUGCUGCUGGCAAAGGGGGCAAGAACAGAUCUGAGGAACAAUGAGAAGAAACUGGCUUUAGAUAUGGCAACCAAUGCAGCUUGUGCUUCCUUACUUAAGAAGAAACAGAGUGCAGAUACAGUCCGAACACUGAGUAAUGCAGAGGAAUACCUUGAUGAUGAAGACUCCGAUUAACUUUUUUCAUUCAGCAUAAAGAACUAUAACUUGCGUUGCCUAUGUCAGUCUCAAAACAUAUCUUUGCAACUGUAAAAAUAUCUUAUUUUGGGAAUUGCAGUCUUCCAGUAUAGCAUAUAAAUGAGUGGGUGAAAUCAUGCUUUCCAAAGGAAUAAUCUUUCCCUAGGCCAGAAGAUGUCGUAUUUUGAAUCAGAGUUCCUUUGGAAGUAUCUCACAGAGGAAGUGUGGUGUACCAUUACUAUUGAAUGGGCGGAAGACCAUAUUCUAAACUCACAUGUUUCAUCUCAGGCCUUCCCAGCAAGUGCCUUGCAUCUCUGGAACGCGUUUCUCAAACUGAAGGGUCCUUCUGGGACAGCAAGACACCAUUGCUAACAUUUUCCAAAAUCUCCCUGGGCAUAGUUUCCUUUGUGCAGCUAAUACUGACAGAGUCAGUACUGGCUGACAGGCAUGAAAGGGCAUUCUGCUAUAGAGAGGGACCAUUAUUUGCCCACGUGGAGCCAGCAUGACAAAGUUUGAUUUUUAUUUUUGGUAAAAUUUUUUUCCUUCCUUCCUCUACCCCUCUGAGUAAAGUGCAAAAUGACCUAGGAUGAUCUGCCCCAGUAUACUUUGUGUUCUCUAUUGCUAUGGGCCCAAUCCCUGAAAUGUUAACUCAGGUGAAAUGCUUGCUUAAGUCAGGUUUGCUUGAGAAAUAUACUUAAUUCUGAAUUUGGUGGCUUGGUUAUUUUGCUUUUUGAAGUGCAUUAUGCUGAAACUAUUUGUAGUGAAAAGAAGACAGAAUAUUUUUCUAUUUAUCCUGCCUAAAAUUUUUAGUACCGAUCUCUUUCUUUUACUUUGUAAAAGUGCUCUUGUAUUUUGUCCUAAAUUACCUCAAAGUUGAAGUGUGUUUGAAGGAAUGAGGGAAGAUGUAUAUCAAAUAUACCACAGGUAUUUAGAAGAGAUACCUUAAGCUGAAUAAACAUUUUUAAAAUGCGUUGCUUCUUCCUGUGAAUUAAAGAGAACUAAAAAAUUAUUGAGCCACUUUCAAGCUUCCCUGCAGAGUUAAAAAACAGUACUUUCUUUAGAUUGCUCAAAUAGCUGCAGCCAAAUAUUGUACCUUACUGAAGGGUACUUUCUUACUGUGAUGGUAAGAAAAUGUUACAAGUAUUUGAGAUACAAUCUCAUAUUCAAUUUUUGUUGCUAACUUCUCUAGUAGAGACUUCUAACAAAUUCAUUCCAACACAGUAAUCUGGCACACCAAAACAAAACCAAAAAAAAAGGAAAAAAAAAAAGAAAAGGAAAAAAAAAAGCUCUUGCAAAAGAUUGGGGAUAAGUGAAAAGCUCUUGUGAAAGACGAGAUAAAUGAAAAGCUCUUGAGAAAAUCUGGGGAUAAACAAAGCUCUUGAGAAAGUCUGGGGAUAAACAAAGCUCUUGAGAAAGUCUGGGGAUAAAUGAAAAGCUCUUGAGAAAGUCUGGGGAUAAAUGAAAAUCACACUAAGUAUUUUAGAGAUUAAAAGAACUCUAGAGCACUCUUAAUUUCCCACUCUUAAAAAUACAUUCAACCAGAUUUUUUAUUUUUAUUAGAUACAGGUAACGCUUGCUAAGCACUUAUCAAAGAAGGCAGUGCUUGAUUGACCAGAACUGUGUAAGAUGGAGGCAUUGCACAAAUAGUCAUCUGCAGAUAUAAUUGAAAACUGUUUAAAUGUUAAAACUGUAGAACAAAUGGUUUAGCCUUAUGGAAUACUGUGGCUACAUGAACAGUGAUGUUUUAUUUUGUAUGAGCUUGAAUAUCCUAGAGGGGAAGAAAUAAAAACCAAAGCCACCAGUUUUUUCUCUCUAGCUUUCAUUAGGACAAUUGUUGAACAUAACUCUUAAUAGACAGAGACUGUUCUGCUUCAUAUUUAAUCAGCCAGCUAUUCUGCUAGCUCAGCUUUUUACCAUAGUCAAGCUACAUGUUAUGAUGCAUGCUGUUGAUUAAAAUGGUACAGUUUCAAAGUGCAAGUUUUAAAAGGUCUUGUAAUGAGAGGCAAGAAGGUUCUUGAGUCUUUUUCCUGCAUGAAUGAAGCUCACAAGGUUAAAAUUCUUCAGUGUCACAGGCUGUGGA